UUCAUUUUCCUUCUGGGGUGAUGAUGAUGUUAGUUGUAGUCAAAUUUAUUCCCUUAACCAUUCUAUUGACAACUGUUUUCAGUGCAAUUGAUGUCAAACCAAAUCAACCAGUUUUGGUCAACAUUAAAGGACAGAGCAACAACUCUAUAACUCUGAGGAAUGUGACGGCAGACAUAAGUUAUGUAACGUGUCAGGUCCAUUCCCAAACCAAAAACCUCACGCUUUCUUCCACUCCCGUACCGAGGGUGGGGAAGUCAUUGACAGGGGGAGACAUUGGAAUUGUCACUGUCCUGGAGCCCGAUCAGACAGAAGUCACCUGGUACCUCCAGUCUAACCACAGCCAAGAUGUGCAAGUUCUGCUGGCAGUUUUCCUGAUGUCAAAAAAUGAACCCCUAGCUGGUGGAUGUAAUCUAGAGUUUUCUCUGGAGGAUGAUGCCAAUCUACGGGUCUCUUACACUACCACCAAGAAUCUUGUAGAAUUCCAAUUGUCCAACAUCCCACUGAGGAAUAGAUCCGCCCACCCUUCUUGUGAAGAAAAGUCUUCACAGAAUAUGUUAGAAUACAGCAUCUAUGUGAAAUACCUGUCCGAGAAUGAUUUCACCUCGGGGGAAUACUUCUCAACAAUGAAACAAAUGAUGACAGCUGAGGAUGUGAUGACUAAUGGUCUCCUGCUUUCUAAAACAACAAGUAAAGACACUGUUCAAAAACCAGAAUUCAUGGCGGCAUCAUACACAGGAACAGGGGCGGUGUAUAACAUGGUUGUCAAGGCAACGACCCCAUCAGGUGUAACCAUGGCAGCAUACUUUCCUCAGGUCACAUACAGCUGUAAUAUACAACAAAGGGAGGGCUGUAAAAUGUAUGGUGUAUUCUGGCUGACUGCUGCAGUUGUCCUGGGGAUAGUGGGACUGUUCCUGACUUUUCUGGGACAUAGAUUUUUCAGAACUGGAAACUUUCUGUGUGCCUUCCUGGGAUUUUGUAUCAUUUUCUACAGUGUACUGAGUCUUUACACAGAUCAGACUGAUACAGUGGUGCUGGUCAUGACGUUUAUUCUGGGGGUGGUGUGUGCUGCCCUCUGGGUGGGGAUGUAUGAGUUUGUGGGGGUACCUGCCCUCUCGGUUCUACUGUCUGGACUAGUGGCAGGGUACAUCAUCUCCAGUGUCGUCUUCUACACACAGUUUGGUAACCUGUCGUACUGGGACAGCUCCUUUAAUUACGGACUUGCCUUUGCCUGUGGAGUCCUGGUUAUACCUGUGUUUAUUCUGUCCUACACUAAAGUGCUGAACAUUGUAUCGUGUGCAUUCAUUGGAUCCUACCUAAUUAUUCUGGUCCCUGAUAUCUUCCUCUACACUGGAAUGAAGUACAUCAUAGUCAAUUCUAUCAGACAUUCCACCGAUGUUGACUACAUCAAAGUCGUUAACACUGGGCCCUUCCUCUUGCCAGAGAUAAUCCUAGCCUGUGCCUGGUUUUUGGUGUGUGUCUUCGGAGCAUUCGUACAGUUUUAUCGUGACUGGGGCCAGCCAGAUUUCCCCCAGAGUUCCAGAAGAUGUGGCAGAAAAUUACAACCAGGAUAUAACCGGAUACCAGCCCGGUACAGCGUGGAGUCCGAGGGGGACUCGGACAGAGAACCGGACGAGCGGUCACCCCUCCUCAGACCGGCGAGGAAUACCGGACAUCACAGGGAGAGGGUGUUAGCGGCCCCCACAUAGCAGUACCAGCUAAAUGAAGUUAACGAACACUUAGGUGUACUGGACAAAGGGAGACAAAUCCUCAACCAUUCCUAUUUCUGUCUCAUGUACACUAGUUUGUUAAUCUGCUAUAGAAAUGCAUUCACAUGUACCUAGUCAAACCAUUCAUGUAAAUGUUAAUAAUAUGGUCUGCUACAUGCAUUCAUAUUCAUUAAAAUCUUGCCAAAAAUGAAAAUAAUAAAAUUGUAAUCAUAUAAGCUCAUAGAAUAGAGAAAAAGGAAACAAUAGGGUUUCUUAAAAAAAAAAAUGGACUCAACUUCAGCUCUAAGAGCCUUCAAAAUACAUUUUUUGUGAAAUAUCAAAUAUAUUUCCAAUACCCCCUGUAUAUGAGCAUUAUAAGCAAUCAAAUGUAGAGUUAACAAUCAUUCUGAAAGUAUUGCAUCAGCAUUACUAAUUCCCUACCAGCAAGUGUAAACUUAAAUUGCUCAAGAAUUAAAAAUUAAAAGGGCCAUAAUUCCAUAGAAACUGUUGAGGAGGAACGAUGAAAACUUGAUUCAUAACUCUUCAGGGUACACUCACAUUCCAAAAAUCAGCUCAAAAUCUGCAAGCAUUGAAAAAAGCAUGGAAAACCGAGUUGGAAAGACAGACAAACUGAAAGACUGACAGACGAGGAGGAAACCUAUAGUCUCCUUCAGUUUCAGUAUAGAGAGAAUUAAUUUACACGCAAAAGGGAGAUGAGUCACUCUGAAAAAAUAUGUAUGAUAGGCAGUCUUGACCUGAUUUUUUGUAGAAAAAGCUAAAUGUAUUUCUACUGUAGGGACUUCAGUUCCUUUGGUUUAUUUCUGUGAUAUGUAAGUUUGCAAUCAACCAAUACUCAGUACAGUAGAAAGAAUAUUUAAUAUUUUUGUAUUUACUUUUUAUGUGAUUGUAAUUUAAUGGAAUUGGGGUGGGGGUGGGGUGGUUCCAUGCACUAUUAAUAACAUCACAUUUUUCCAUGUUACAAUAUAUUUAUAUUUCAUUAUAACAGGGGCUGUAGUUAAAAAUCAUGUUAUCCUAUUUUCAUGAUAAAUAAAUUUAUUGUUAUAUUUGUGCAUUGUCUAUUUCACAUUACAUUUUGAUUUAUAAUUUUUUAAUAAAUCAUGAAUAAUACA